CGGUCUGACCCUCCAUCGCAGACCGGAAGUCAUCCCUCCGGAAAAUCCUGUCGUUUGUCUCCUGAAGCCGCAGUUUGUCAGAAAAACAAAACCCGGCUUUACAUUUACUGAGACCAGAACCCACACGGACCGGAGCAAUGACCCAGGAGAACAUCUUCCUGUUCGUCCCGAACCUCAUCGGUUAUGCCCGGGUGCUGCUGGCGCUGCUGUCCUUCUACCUGCUGCCCUGUUGCCCAUGGCCCGCCGUCUUCUGCUACCUGCUCAGUGCCCUGUUGGAUGCCUUCGAUGGACAUGCCGCCAGGGCGCUCAACCAGUCCACUAAGUUCGGAGCGAUGAUGGACAUGCUGACGGACCGCUGUGCCACCAUGUGUCUGCUGGUCAACCUGUCUCUGCUUUACCCAUCAUGCACCUUCCUGUUCCAGAUCAGCAUGUGCCUGGACAUCGCCAGCCACUGGCUGCAUCUGCACAGUUCUACAAUAAAAGGAUCAUCGAGCCAUAAAACCAUCGACCUGUCGGGGAACCCCAUCCUCCGGAUCUACUACACGUCCAAGCCGGUGUUGUUCGUCAUGUGCGCAGGAAACGAGCUGUUCUUCUGUUUGCUCUAUGUCCUGCACCACGUCCAGGAACCCGCAGCCUGGUUCUACUGGCUGCUCGGACUCUGCGGAACCAUCUGCUUCUUGAAGUCCGGCAUCAGCCUAGUGCAUCUCGUCACCGCCUCACAGAACAUGGCCGCCCUGGAUGCCGCCGAGCGAGAGACGAACAGGAAGAGGCAGUGAGAGAGACACCGUUGCCACGGAAACAACAGGAGUAUGACCAAAUUCCACGACAUUCAAACUCCGAAAAAAAGACGAGGUCCAGAGUCUCUAAAUUUCCUGAUGUGUGACAGUUUUUAUGUCAGAUCUGCUGUGAUUGGACGGAACGACGGUGUGCGACGAGCAAAAACAAUCUGAGUCAAUUAUAUGAAAUCUACACGAA